AUGCAGAUGAAAUGUCUAUUUGAGGUGAUAACAGAAGAAUUUAACAUGUUUGAGGAGUUUAAUUACUACAAGCCAGGAGACUACCUGAUUACUGGAAUAAUAUCUAAAAUAAUUGCUGCAUUUUACCCCCAUAUUUUCUCCAUGCCUCCAACCCACAGAUUGAGAAGUUCAUCAGCAAUAUUCAACCACGUCCUGCUCUUCUUCUUGGGUGUUCAUAAGAUCAACCAAAAUUCUCGGCUCUUACCCAACAUCACCCUGGGCUACAACAUCUAUGAUAACUUCCUCAAUGCAAGAAUAACAUACGAGGUCAUGAUGAAUUUGCUGUCUACAGGGCAGGAGAAUGUCCCAAAUUACAGAUGUGGAAGACAAAAGAAUAUCCUGGCAGUUCUUGAAAACACAGAUUCUGAACUCUUUGAUCAAAUUUCUACUGUCUUGGGCAUCUACAAAAUUCCACAGAUCAACACUGGUGAGAUUAGCUACAUUCUUCAGCAAAAUCAUCAUUUUCCUUUUUUCUACCGGAUGACCCCAAAACCAGAACCUCCUUACUCAGCAAUUUUCAAGCUGCUCCUGCAUUUCCGAUGGACGUGGAUUGGCCUCCUUUAUCAGGACAAUGAAAGAGGAGAAAGCUUUAAAAGAAGUUUGGAAACUCUAGCUGUAAAAAAUCGGAUCUGCAUCGUCCUCUCAGAAACCAUCCCAACAACCAAUGUGGAUAUACAUACCAGAGACGCAUUUCUGCAAGAACAGAGAAAAAUGUUCCUUCUCCUUAGCAAUAUUCACAUAAAAGUUAUAGUUUGUCAACUUGAUUUUCAGGCCACAGGAACACUAAUAGGAGUACUAAUUGUUAAUGAAAGGAAAAAGACAUUCAUUGAGGGAAAAGUGUGGAUUGCAACAGCUUUGUCAAGAUUAAGCAUAAGAAUGCUUUCCAACUAUCUUGACCUCCAACGAAAACAUGUUUUGUUUUCUUUCCAAACCCAGACAAACAGGAGACAAUAUUAUGACUUUGAUACAUAUUCCCUUACUGGGAAACAGUUUGUAGAAGAAGCAUUCCAGUGUUCCUAUUCAAGGCCUUUGUUGUCUAAGAAGGUUUGGGAAAAAUGCACAGAAAAAGAGAAUGGAGUAUUCCCACCCCUUGAGGUGCUUGCAAGAGUGGUAAUUGAGGAUGGUUCUAGUAUUUCCAAAGCAAUCCAUGCUGUGGCCUCAGUCCUCCAUGCCACCUCUUCGAAUCAGAUGAGUAAGAGGAGGAUGCUGGCUGGAGACCAUCAGUCACCCCAGAUUGUACAGCCAUGGCAGCUUCAUCACUUCAUGAAACACUUCCAGCUUCACAACAUUUCUAAUGAUGGCAUUUAUUUAGAUGAAAAUGGAUUUCCUGCUGCUGACUUUGAUAUCAUGCACUGGAGAAUGUUGCCCCAAGAGUCUUAUCCUAUGGAAAAAGUUGGGAGUGUAGAAAGGGAAGCUUCUUCUGAAGUCAAGGUCUCCAUCAAUCACAGUGCCAUCCAAUGGCCAAUAUCAUUUAACAAGACAGUACCUUCUUCUAGAUGUUCAGAAAAUUGUUACCCAGGAUAUGCCAAGCUCGUCAGAGAAGGAGCACCUAUUUGCUGCCAUGACUGUUCUCUAUGUAUGGAAGGAACAUUCUCAGUGGAAGAAGAUGCAUCCCAUUGCAGCAAAUGUCCAGAUGACCAGUAUUCCAAUGAGAAGCGAGAUCAGUGUGUCCCCAAAAGUAUCAGUUUCUUGUCCUAUGAAGAAACAUUGGGACUCAUCCUAGCUUCCAUUGCCCUUGCUUUGUCUCCAGUCACUGCCUUUGUUCUUGGAAUCUUCAUUAAACACAGAGAAACUCCAAUAGUUAAAGCCAACAACCGGGACCUCACCUACAUUCUUCUGAUCUCCCUCCUCCUCUCCUUCAUGAUCUCCCUUCUAUUCAUUGGUCGUCCCAAAGAAAUCACCUGCCUUCUUCGACAAAGCAUCUUCAGUGUUGUUUUCUCAGUUGCUGUGUCUUCAUUGCUGGCAAAGACUAUCAUGGUGGUGGUGGCAUUUCUGGCCACAAUGCCAGGCAGCAGGAUGAGGAAAUGGUUGGGAAAGACUCUGGCCAACUCUAUUGUUGUAUCCUGUUCUGGGAUUCAGAUGGGUAUCUGCAUGAUAUGGCUGGGAAUCUCUCCUCCGUUCCCAGAUUCUGACAUGCAUUCUCAACCAGGAUACAUCCUACUGCAAUGUAAUGAAGGGUCAAUCAUCAUGUUCUACACUGCACUAGGUUACAUGGGCCUUUUGGCUGCCAUCUGCUUCUUGGUGGCUUUCCUAGCACGCAAGCUGCCAGGGACCUUUAACGAAGCCAAGUUGAUCACCUUCAGCAUGUUGGUUUUCUGCAGUGUUUGGGUUUCCUUUGUCCCCACGUACCUGAGCACCAAAGGAAAAUACACGGUGGCUGUGCAGAUCUUCUCCAUCCUGGCCUCCAGCCUGGGCUUAAUGGGUUGCAUCUUUAUCCCUAAAUGCUACAUCAUUAUCCUAAGACCUCACAUGAACACCAAGGAGUACCUAAUAAUGAAUUCUAAAAGAGAACAUGAUGUUUUACACAGAUAG